UGUGUACUUUAACCCCCAGCUGACUCCUUUCUCGAUAAUUCAAAAUCUCGUUGCACAUCUGACAAAGAUUCGAUCAAAUCUGCUUCCUCAUUCUCUCUCUGUAUUCUCACAAUCUUUUUUGCUCACACAUUUUGACACAAGAAAUCCGAAGUCAACAUGCAGAUCACUACUCUCGUCUCCCUUGCGGUCAUGACCGGCGUUGCCGUCGCCAAGCUGCACAGCGCUGCUGUCUGCAUCACAGCCAGGAAGUAUGGCAGCACCGGCAACGGAACGCCGUACGGCAUCACCUACGGAUCGUACAAGGACUACGAGAUUCUCCCUGAUGCGACCAAGUGCGCCUGCAACUACUACAAGAACCGCAACACUGGCAACAAGCAGUGGGACAAGUGCCCUGACUGCACUUUUGAUGGUCUUCAGUGCACGUCCGGUGGCUGGCACAUUGGUGGUGAUGAGAUGAACUACUACUGCGAGAAGAAGUGCGGUGCGCAGGGCUCCGAGGCCAACUGAGAUGUGGGAACGGCGUGGAAGUCGCCAGGUCUAUAGCCAGUAGUGCUGCAUACCCGAAACAGUGUAAUAACAAGGAUGGGAUUGUCUUCCAAUGUAGAUAUUAGUUGUGUGUAAAACUGUCAAAUAAGAUCUGCCUGCAUAAUAA